AAGAUACGACGCGUGGCGACCAGUUAUUUGUAAUGAAUUUAUCAGUAUUACUUAGUAGCUGUUAUCCGGCCACAGAUUAUAAUGUUAUAAUAUUCAAUUUUGUGUAUUAAAUCGCGGGUUUAAAUUAGGUUUUAAGUUAUAUUUUUGGUGUUGUAAGUGUGUAAUAAGUAGCAUUGUUUGUGUGUAUUUUUGUUUGAAGAAACUGUUUGACGGUGGUUGUGUUCAAAAUGUUUGACUAUAAAUAUUUAAGUAAAGAAGAGAUAAAAGGAUUUAAUAAGUAUAAGUACAGUGCGAUAGACACAAGCCCUCUCAGCAAAUAUGUGAUGCAUCCAACAUGGAACACUGUUGUCAAAUUUAUACCAAAAUCAAUAGCUCCGAAUCUGAUUACCUUCGCCGGGUUCCUAUGCAUGGUGGUAGCAGUGGUCACUCUGACAGUGUAUGAUUACGACUUCUACGCGGUCGGCGGCCGGCCCGGAGUGGUCGGGUCCGGGAGUGAAGUACCUAACUGGGUGUUUACUAUGUGCGGGGUGCUUGUAUUCUUGGCUUAUAACUUAGAUGGUAUCGACGGCAAGCAAGCUCGUCGUAUCGGUGUGUCGGGGCCUCUGGGCGAGCUGUUCGACCACGGGCUGGACUCCUUCAUCGUGUUUCUGGUGCCCUAUUCUCUCAUCUCCGUUUAUGGCAGGGAUCAGGAGUACUCCGUGUCUUGUUUUAGAGGCUUCCUGAUAGUAAUCAGCGUGGUGAUGAACUUCUACGUGAGCCAUUGUGAGAAGUACAAUACUGGGGUCCUAUACCUUCCGUGGAGCUACGACCUUAGUAUGUGGGCCAGUGCCCUACUAUUCCUAUUCCCAGGAGCGUAUGGUCCGGAGUUCUAUAAGUACUAUGUGUUCGGUGACGUCACAUUCACACAGGCGUUGGAAGCGCUCAUACAUUGUAUGGGAUUCAUCACUACCUACCCUGUUGCUGUUUAUAAUGUUUAUUUGUCAAACAAAAACCGUACAGGCAAGAGGUACCCGAUCCUGCAGGCGACGAAGCCAAUCUGGUCUAUGUUGGUGAUGACCGGUGCUACCAUCUACUGGGCUCUGCAGUCACCCAACAACGUCAUCGAAGUGUACCCCAGGGCCUUCAUCUUCAUGUUUGGAACACUUUUUAGUAAUAUUUCUUGCCGUCUAAUUAUCGCUGAGAUGAGCCACAGCCGAUGUGAGCUACUGUCCUGGAUGACCUGGCCUCUGCUUGGAGGGAUGGUGACGUCUCUCUAUCAGCCUCAACUAGAAGCCAUCGUUCUUCAUCUGCUGUCAGCCCUGUUUCUAUUUACCCAUAUACAUUAUGGAAUUUGUGUGGUACGACAAAUUUGCAACCAUUUCAAAAUAAACUGUUUCACAGUACCAAAGGAGAAGAGAAAAUAAAGUGUAAAUAAUCGAAAUACUAACGUAAGCGUAAUGUAAUAGUGUUGAUUUUCCAUUUUUAGUAUUAUGUAAGAAUAAAGUUUGUUUGCACCAAAA